AUGGGAAAGAUUAUGGGCAGGAAGACUAGUUUUCUAGUGGUCCUUGUGCAUUGGUAUCUUUCCUUAGCUACUAUCUUAUGCAUGUUCACGUAUUGUCAUGGAAAUCCAAAUGUUCUUUGCAGGAAAAGAGAAAGAGAAGCCCUUCUGACCUUCAAAGAAAGUAUUAUAGAUCAUUCAAAUCAACUCUCGUCUUGGAUUGGUGAGGAGUGUUGCAUGUGGAAAGGAAUUGGUUGUGACAACAUAACUGGGCAUGUCAUCCAGUUAAAUCUUAGAAGUCCAUAUGAUCCCUAUACUGCAUAUGAAGGUUAUGAACAGCUACAAUUGGGCGGAUUGGUAAGUGAUUCUCUAUUGGGAUUGAAGCAUCUUCAUUAUUUGGACCUAAGUUCCAAUUGCUUUGAAGAUACUAAUAUUCCAAGCUUCUUUGGUCACCUCCAGAGUUUAAGGUAUCUAAAUUUAUCGCAUGCAUGUUUUGUGGGUGGGAGUCCUCAUCAGUUGGCAAAUCUCUCGAACUUGCAAUAUCUUGACAUUAAUGAUCUCUACCUUCAAAUUGACAAGCUUGAAUGGUUAUCUCAUCUUUCCUUGUUAGAAUUCCUUGACAUGAGUUACCUCAAUCUUAGGAAAGCAUCCAACUGGUUACAGGUGAUGAACAUGCUCCCUUCUCUAUCAGAGUUACACCUGUCUACUUGUGAACUUGAUAAAUAUGAUCCUAUACCUUAUGUUAAUUUUUCAUCUCUAAUUGUGCUUGAUCUUUCAAGAAACCAGCUUCCUGAUUCAACAUUUGACUGGUUUCAAAGUCUUACAUCUCUUGUUACCCUUGAUCUAAGUGGGAAUUAUAUUCAGAGUCCACUUCGAGUUGCUUUCCAAAACAUGUCUUGUCUGAGAAACCUAUAUCUCUCUGAUAGCAACUUCUCUUCCACAAUGCUUAACUUGUUAUGCAAUAUAAGUACUCUUGAAAGACUUGAUCUUGAACAUAACAAUAUUCAAGGUGUACUUCCUGAUGCCAUUGGAUCUCUUUCCCGAUUGAGGCAUCUUGUCCUUUCAAGGAAUGGCUUUGAAGGAAAAUUACCAAGAUCCUUGGGAAAUUUGUGUAAUCUGCAGUUUUUAGAUUUAUCUCGCAACAAACUAUGGGGAGAUGCGUAUGGACUUUUAGGAAACUCUUCUGCAUGCAAAGUGAGAAAUUUAAAGCUUUUAAAUUUGAGUGUGAAUAAACUUUCUGGUACUUUGCCUGAUCAACUAGGGAAGCAUAAAAAACUAUCCACUCUUUUUCUCUAUGAUAACAUGUUUUCUGGUCCGAUUCCUGUAAGUCUUGGAAAUCUUUCAAACCUUGAAGAGUUAUUCAUCUCUAACAAUUUUUUAGAGGGUUUUGUUUCUGAUGUGCAUUUUUUCAAUCUAACAAAAUUGAAAAUGCUUGAUGCCUCUUCAAACUUCUUGACUUGGAAUGUAAGCUCUAAUUGGGUUCCACCUUUUCAACUUCAAGGUUUAUUUAUAGGGUCGUGGUCAUUAGGGCCACAAUUUCCUACAUGGCUUCAAUCACAAAAAACCCUUCAAGAACUAGAUUUAUCAGAUACAGGAAUUUCAGAUGUAAUCCCUUCUUGGCUUUGGAGCCGUGGUUUUCAAAUUGAUUACCUAGAUCUUUCUCAAAACCAAAUUCGUGGCAGUAUUCCAAGUUUAUCUUUCAAAGGUACGAUCAUUCUUGCUUCAAAUAAUUUCUCCGGCCCCCUCCCCCUUAUCUCUUCCGACAUUUAUGAGUUAGAUCUUUCCAAUAACUCAUUCCAUGGAUCUCUUUCUCCUCUCAUUUGUGAACAUAAAGAUUUGUCAAAAAAUAUUUUAUCUGGAGAACUUCAUGAUUGUUGGAUGAACAAUUCUUCGUUGCACGUGUUAAACUUGGGGAGCAACAAGCUCACAGGAAAUAUUCCGAGUUCCUUUGGUUCUUUAUCUGUGCUGACAUAUCUAUCCUUGUACAAAAACAAUCUGUCUGGAGAUUUACCAUUAUCAUUGCAAAAUUGCCAACACCUAGAGAUUGUUGAUUUGAGUGAAAAUCAUUUGUCUGGCAACUUAUCCAUUUGGUUGGGACAUAGUGCCCCUUUGACAGCUCUCUUGCUUCGCUCAAACAGGUUUCAUGGUAAUAUUCCUCAAGAGUUGUGUCACUUUAAUUUUCUUCAGAUCAUGGACCUUGCACAUAACAUAUUCACAGGAUCAAUUAUGCGAUGCUUUGGUAAUUUGAGCGCCAUGGUGAGACUUGAUUCAAGUGCUCUCUCUAUUUUCGGAGUUGAACACUCAUUAUCUUUGGUAACAAAGGGGGUAGAGUAUGAAUAUGGUACCAAUGCAAUUAGUCGCGUCACAAGCAUUGACCUCUCGAGCAAUGAUUUAAUUGGAGAAAUCCCCGAGGAACUCACCAAUCUUUAUGGCCUACGAUACUUGAAUUUGUCCAAUAAUCAACUUCAUGGAAAGAUUCCUGAGAAAAUCAAUGCCAUGAAAUUGUUAGAGUCUCUCGAUCUCUCAAUGAAUAACCUCACAGGUGUAAUACCUCAAAGCAUGGCAAAUUUAACAUUUCUGAGUUAUUUAGAUUUAUCAUACAACAAUUUCUCAGGUAGAAUUCCUACAAGCACUCAACUCCAAAGCUUUAGUGCACUGAAUUUCAUUGGCAACCAUGAUCUUUGUGGACCACCACUUACGCCAAGUUGUGUUGGAGAUGACACGUCCUUAGAGUUGACACCAAAUGUGGAUGAUGAAGGCAUCCAGGGCAGUGGCUGGAUUGACAUGAAGUGGUUUUAUAUGAGCAUGCCAUUUGGAUUUGUAGUGGGCUUUUGGGGUGUAUUUGGUCCACUAGCAUUCAACAAGGCUUGGAGAUCUGCUUUCUUUAAGUUUUUCGAUGGCAUAAAGAAAAGAGAAAGAGAAGCCCUUCUAACCUUCAAAGAAAGUAUUGUAGAUCCUACAAAUCAACUCUGGUCUUGGAUUGGCGGUGAAUGUUGCAUGUGGAAAGGAAUUGGCUGUGACAACAUAACUGGGCAUGUCAUCCAGUUAAAUCUUAGAAAUCCGUAUGAUUUUGAUGCUGCAUUUGCACAAAAUCCGUAUGAUCUUGAUGCUGCAUUUGAAGGUUUUGAACGGCUACGAUUGCGCGGAUUGUUAGAAUUCCUCGACAUGAGUUACCUCAAUCUUAGUAAAGCAUCCAACUGGUUACAGGUGAUGAACAUGCUCUCUUCUCUAUUAGAGUUACACUCGUCUACUUGUGAACUUGAUAAAUAUGAUCCUAUACCUUAUGUUAAUUUUUCAUCUCUAACUGUGCUUGAUCUUUCAAGAAACGGGCUUCCUGAUUCAACAUUUGACUGGUUGCAAAGUCUUACAUCUCUUGUUACCCUUGAUCUAAGUAAUAAUUACAUUCAGAGUCCACUUCUAGUUGCUUUCCAAAACAUGUCUUGUCUGAGAAACCUAUAUCUCUUGCAUAGCAACUUCUCUUCCACAAUGCUUAACUUGUUAUGCAAUAUAAGUACUCUUGAAAGACUUGAUCUUGCACAUAACAACAUUCAAGGUGUACUUCCUGAUGCCAUUGGAUCUCUUUCCCGAUUGAGGCAUCUUGUCCUUUCAAGGAAUGGCUUUGAAGGAAAAUUACCAAGAUCCUUGGGAAAUUUGUGUAAUCUGCAGUUUUUAGAUUUAUCUGAUAACAAACUAUGGGGAGAUGUGUAUGGGCUUUUAGGAAACUCUUCUGUAUGCAAAGUGAGAAAUUUAAAGCAAUUAGAUUUGACUGGGAAUAACCUUUCUGGUCCGAUUCCUUUGCAAGUGUUAAACUUGGGGAGCAACAAGCUUACAGGAAAUAUUCCGAGUUUCUUUGGUUCUCUAUCUGCGCUGACGUAUCUAUUCUUGUACAAAAACAAUUUGUCUGGAGAUUUACCAUUGUCAUUGCAAAAUUGCCAAUCCCUAGAGAUUGUUGAUCUGAGUGAAAAUCAUUUGUCUGGCAACUUAUCCAUUUGGUUGGGACAUAGUGCCUAUUUGACAGCUCUCGUGCUUCGCUCAAACAGGUUUCAUGGUAGAAUUCCCACAAGCACUCAACUCCAAAGCUUUAGUGCACUGAAUUUCAUUGGCAACCAUGGUCUUUGUGGACCACCACUUACGCCAAGUUGUGUUGGAGAUGACAGGCCCUUAGAGUUGACACCAAAUGUGGAUGAUGAAGGCAUCCAGGGCAGUGGCUGGAUUGACAUGAAGUGGUUUUAUAUGGGCAUGCCAUUUGGAUUUGUAGUGGGCUUUUGGAGUGUAUUUGGUCCACUAGCAUUCAACAAGGCUUGGAGAUCUACUUUCUUUAAGUUUUUCGAUGGCAUAAAGUAUAAACUCUAUGGUGAUGUUUGA